AUGGCAGCAGUAGUCAUCUUUGAUUAUCAAAAUUGUUUGAUCUUAACCCUCGUAUGCCUCUUCUCAACUCUCUUUAUCUUUGUCUUCUUGUUCACGAAACAGAAGAAUGGCAUUGAUCUGCCUCCAAGCCCUCCUUCUCUUCCGAUCAUUGGUCAUCUUCACCUUCUCCUCACUGCUCCAAUCCACAAGUGUUUUCACAAAAUCUCAUCCAAGUACGGACCUUUCCUCUAUCUUCGCAUCUUUCAUGUCCCGGUCGUUCUCGUCUCCUCUGCCUCAGUGGCGUACGAGAUCUUCAAGGACCACGACAUGGACGUCUCCUUUCGUGGAGCUGUUGCAAUUGAUGAGAGCCCCGUGUUUGNUUCUUCUAGCUUCUUCAGAGCUCCCUAUGGAGAUUACUGGAAGUCCACGAAGAAACUCAUGGUUUCUAAGAUGACCGGACCACAGGCGUUGGAGCAGUCACAAGGCGUUCGUGAAAUUGAGCUAGAGUGUUUCUACAGAAAACUGCUCGAUAAGGCAAUUAACAAUCAGAGCGUGGAGAUGGGUGAGGAACUGAGGAGACUUGUUAUCAACACCCUCGGCAAAAGCAUGGGAAGUAAUUUUUCAGAGGGGGAGAAAGUCUCGGAAUUUGUUAGGGAGUUCACAACCUUGUCCCCUUUGUUUUUUGUGGCACAAAUAUUUCAUAAGCCCCUUGAGAAGCUCGGGAUCUCAGUGUUAAAAAAUAAGGUAAUGGAGGUAUCAGACAGAUUUGAGGAGCUAUGGGAAGGGAUUGUAGUGAAACACGAAGAGAAAGUGGACUCAAUAUUGGCAGCUUAUGGAGACGAAAACGCAAAGUAUAAUAUCACUAGAAACCAUGUCAAGUCAUUAGUAGCGGAGCUUUUCUUUGCAGCCGGUGACACCUCUUCACGAACAGCACAGUGGGCAAUGGCAGAAAUCAUCAACAACCCAAAGAUCCUUGAGAGAUUGAGAGAUGAAAUCGAUUUUGUGGUAGGGAAAACAAGGUUGGUUCAAGAAACUGAUCUACCAAACCUCCCUUACUUGCAAGCGGUAGUCAAGGAAACUCUAAGAUUUCACCCGGUGGCUCCUGUUUAUUCAAGGGAAUUUACACAAGAUUAUAAGUUCGGAGGGUUCAACAUACCUAAGGGCACAUCACUUGCUAUAAAUGCUUAUGCUGUGAUGAGAGAUCCUGAGUUUUGGAAAGACCCUAAUGAAUUUAAGCCAGAGAGGUUUCUAGGGCAAGAGGAGGAGGAGAAAAGAGAGAAAGCACUCAAGUUCCUCCCAUUUGGCGCCGGAAGGAGAGGAUGUCCUGGAUCAAAUCUAGGUUAUAUCUUAGUAGAAACCGCAGUUGGAGUGAUGGUGCAAUGCUUUGAUUGGGAAAUCGAAGGAGCAGAAAAAGUCGACACAAAAGAGGCUUCUGGAUUCAGAUUCUUCUUGGCAAUGGCUAAUCCCCCUAGGUGCACUCUUCUUCCUCGAGACAUAAACCCGAUUUGA